AUGAACGAACAGCAUUCAGAUCCACAGGAACCUGCUCCCAAAGCUGGCAGCAAGCAGGAGCAAGGUACGUCGGAGAAAGGAUCAUCAAAAGGGAAGUCUUCGAAACCUCGACACAGGGCGUCUGUCGCUUGCGCCUCGUGCCGCGACCGCCGGAUACGUUGUGUGGUACCUCCGGGCGAGACGGAAUGCACACAGUGUAAGAGAUCAGGUGUGGAAUGCAUCAUCAAGAAUGACGACGAACGAAGACGACCGAUCUCGAGGGCGUAUAUGUGCUCUCUCACUGAUCGAGUAGCACUAUUAGAGACGAUGCUGAAAGAACGAGGUGAGGAGUUGCCACCAGCGAAUCACCCACCCAAGACGCGCCAUAAUCCUCAACCCGACGAAGACGGCGCAUCUCCCAGCCGCAAAACUGGUGAUAACCAAGUGGCCAACGACGAAAACAACUCCAGCCCAAGUAGCCAAUGUAGUCCUCAAGACGACUAUCCUGUAUUCGAACAGCACGAGAUGAACACGAAUAGCCCCGGUUUCUCAAACGGCGACGCAGAGAGCGCUGGCUCGCCGUCCAUACUGCCACCUCCGAAGAAGGAUGGCAUGGUAAACCGUCUGCUCUCCACGCGCGGUCAUCUCAGCUUCGAUCAACUCAAUGGCCGCCUUCGAUAUUUUGGCCCAACAACAAACUGCCACGUGCAUUCCGAAUCUAUCAACCCGUUUGGCGCAACCCAAGAGAUGAACGAGCAAGCUCGACGCGCAGACAAGAUCAUCCGGUCCCUUCCACUUGAAACGUAUGAUUACCUCAUGGAUCUAUUUUGGCAAUGCUAUAAUCCUGUUAUCCAUGUCUUGCACCAGGAUGCCUUCAAUGAAGAUCGUGAGAAUGGCCGAACACAGUUCUACUCCGGGUUCCUACAUGUUUGCGUUUUGGCUAUGGGUUACCGCUUUGCGAAUAAAGAGAGGCUCGACAUAAGAAGAAUCGGUCUGCCGGGUAUGGAAAGUACACUGCAUCGCGAAGCAAAGUACAUGCUUGAUCAUGAGCUAGAGCGACCAGGUGGAAUACCCAGCGUUGUUGCCUUGUUGUUGUUGGGCGACCUCGAGUGUGGUGUCGGUAGAGAUAAUCUGGGGUGGAUGUACGGCGGGAUGGCCGUUCGACUUGCUUUUGACAUUGGUCUUCAUCUUGAUACAAGACUAUCCGGUCUGCCAGAACGCGAGGUUGAGAUCCGCCAAAUGACGCUUUGGGCAUGCGUCAUAUACGACAAGUACUGGGCACUUUUCCUGGGCCGUCCGACAUCAAUGAAACCUUCUGAUCUCGAGAUAUAUCACUUGACCAAGCAGUUUGAACGGCUUGGUACAUGCCGUCCCGCUGGAUUAGGGAAGAGCAUGGAAACUAUGAUAUACGAAGCACUUCUCGACCUCAUGGAGCUCGCUGGCAAGAUAACUGAGAAUAUGGAUCCGCACCGCUCGCAGAACACUGCUUCUGACUCGCACACCGCGGUGGACCGAAACCAAUAUAUGCGCAUGGCUGCGCUGGAUCGCGAGUUCAGCAGUUGGUACGCUAGGUUGCCGGAGCAGUUGCGCUGGACGCCAGCUAAUAUUGCGACGGCUCCCUUCUCGUUUUUCUUGUUGCACCAGCAGUACCAUGCUAGCUUGAUCCUCCUCCACCGGCCGUUCGCGUUAUACGAAGACCAAGCAGGCAACGAGACUGGACCUGACGACCACUUCUCGGCGCUGAGCAGGACAGUAUGCACGAAACAUGCCAUUCGCGUAGCCAGGAUAUACUGGCAACACCGCCAACGGUUCGACACGAAGCAGAUAUUCGUAACGGGUAUGCAACACGCAGGCACAGCAGCAACAGCCCUCGUAGCAGCCCUAGCAUUUAUCAAAGACCCCACCUCCCGCGCCAACAACAUGCAAUAUCUUGAAUGCCUCACCGCCGCCCUAUCAGACAUGGCAUCCACCUAUCAACCUGCAGAACGCAUGUCGACCGUCCUCCGUGCCGUGAUGGUCGAACUACGCGGCGGCCCCGAACCCCCCAAUUCUACACACUUUAAUCUGUACAAGCCCGCAUCCUCGACCGUCCCAGCGCGAAGAGGCAGCACAAUAGACAUGGACGCCGACAGCAGCCAACAAUGGGCCAAGAAACGACAAACCAGCCGCGGCAGACCGCGAGCAGGUACCGGCGGAAACAGCAGGAAAACGAGGACGAUGAGUAUGAGCACUACCAUGAGUAUGCCGUCGUCUGAUCAUGGUCGACACAGCGGACUUAGUAUCAAAGCUCCCCCGCCACCUCGCUUCGAUGACCCGUCCGGCCAGAACAACGAUGGGUAUAUCUUGGUGACGCCGCGGAGUGAACUCGGUAGUACGGGCUGGCCUAGCUUGUCCGAGCCUCCUGAGCUUUCUCACAACCUAUCUACCCCUUCUACCACGUUGUCGUCUCAUGCUGCGAAUCGCAAUUCGGGCGCAUGGAUGGGUGCGGAUUACGAUCCGCAGGAUCCGAUAAACCAACUUGCCAACGCACAUUUCCCCGAGCUGAGCGCGUUUGACGAUCUUGGUACAAGUGGUGGUGGUGGGGUCAAUCUCGAUUUCAUGCCGUUGGGCGAUGAGAAUGACUGGAGUUUACCGAAAGAAUGGAGUGGUGAGGUGGACAUGGAUGGAUUAGGUGCUUUUGAUAUGUAA